AUGGAUGAAAGACGCGUGCUCGUGCGCGUGAAGAGGCGACUUGAUGAAGAGCCGCUUCCAGAAAUCCUCGUGGAGGAACCACGAAAAACUGCCGAUAAACGACAGAGGCCCGAUGCCACGGCUGCAGCUCUGAAGCUGGUCGAUACCGUCGGGUCGCGCCAGUGGCCAGACGAGGAAUAUGGCCUGCCAGUAUCAUGGUUCCAUGCAGCUGCAAAUGCUGCAUGGCCCAAUAUGCCGCCAGGAGCUAGUUUGCACCGCCUCGAGCCGAUGCUUGAGCUUAGAGAGGCAUCACGCCGCCUCGUUGGCGGGUGUUUGGCCGACGGGUCAACAAGCGUUCAGCUAAUUGAUGUCGAUCGCUUUGAAAGCGAUCCUUCUCAAGACUGUGCGAUGCCUGCGUCGACUUCCGGGUUCACGGUCAAUGGCAUGGAGCUCAUUGCCACUCCCUGCGAGCAAUCUCAGAGCCAAGAUGACUUCGUAUGGGAUGUGUAUGCGCUUGGAGAGCCAGUGCAACAUGUACCAGCAGCAGCCGUGCAGUUGCAAGAUCCCGUCCUGAGUUUGGAAGAGACGGACUUGGAUGAGCUGGAGUCGAUGGACUCUUCAGACGAAGGCGGUGCCGACGCAUGGUCACGUAGAAGCAACUCCGACGACGGCGACGAGCCAGAGGACCGAUCCGAAUGGGUGAACACUUUGGACUGA